AUCAGGUAUGAAGAUGGCCUCACUUGAAUCUUUGCCCUGUGAGAUCCUUCUCCAGAUCAUUCGCGGCAGUCCUCCACAGGAGUUAUGUCGUCUUAGUUAUACUUGUAAGCGGUUGGCAUCCAUCGCUGGAGACUGCCUCUGGGGGGAUAUCGAGCUUCACGAGAAAGGCUAUCAUGAUUCGAGCGCAGAGCUCAACGAGCCAUUACCUUACAGGUCACCGAAGAGGUUUUACCAUGAUACUAAAAGGGUUGGUUGGCAGAGCAAUAUUGGUGAAAGAGCAAAGAGUCUCUUCACUAUGCUGCAGGAACUCCAUGCUCACGAUGAAGGACGACUGAGAGAACUUGCUGGCAGAGUCAAGAGUCUGUGUACGGUGAUUGAACCAGACUGGAAACCUGACGAAGGCUUGGUGGCAGAACCAGUCUCUGUUUGGAAUCUUUUACCUUACUUGACUAAUCUCGAAUAUCUGGAGCUUCAUGGUAUCUAUGAAUCGUCCCAAGCCGAAGAGCCUAGGAAAAUACAAGCAGGGCCUUUGACGAAGCUGCGGUUUGCAAAGCUGCUCGCUUAUAUCCCCCGAUCUGUUGCAACCUACGUUCUUGAAUCUCACGAAACGCUCGAGCGUCUGGAGCUUGGUGUAUUGGAUCAGCCGCUGCCCAAGGGCGUCGGUAUCAGCGAACAAUAUGACAUGAAUCACGGCCGAUGGGAACUUCAGCCUGGGGGAGUCAUCCCACGUCCGCUUGGCAAUUUCUUCCUCGAUGCUUCCCUGAAUCUUUCGGGACUCAGGCACUUAUAUCUCUGCUCGCCAUGCAACAGCCGUGGUGAUUACUUCAAUCAGCAUAACCCGUGGUCGAACCGCGCAGAGCUAGGAAGUCUCGAAGCAUGGAAACGGCUCAUCCUGGCGUCCAGCCAGACCCUUGAGACCCUCGUAAUCGAACAUCGACCUGCAGCAGGAAUUGAAGAGAACGAAGGGUUCUCUGAGGACGAGUUCCUCUCUACUGGAAAGACCGGCGCGGGAAAUAGAGCACUCGUGGAGGCCCUCGGAGACAUAAUCAUCGACAAAGACACUCUUCCCAGGUUGAAGCGAGUGUAUCUGUACGGCUUUGUUGCUGGCGGAGCUUCUGCAGUAUCGUCUGUUGAAACACCAGGGGACUGGCUGAUGCAUGGGGUGAAAGCAAGAGGAGUCUGUUGUGAAGCCAGAAGGGGAAAGUGGUGUUUGUUCGAUCAGGACUCGGGUGAAACAAAUUGGGCAAAGUGGACCGGAGAUGGGAAUAGUAAUCUUCAUGAUGGAUAUAUGGGGAUCCGGUGGUACUCGCUCCUGGCUCAGGUCUAAGCGUCGAUAUGGGAUAAACAAACCUCAAAAAAGGAUCGUCAAAAGUAUAAGACUGAACGAU